GAUUGUCUACUGUUUUUUAGCAAAUAUCCAGCCUAACUAAUACCAUAUGAAAUGAGUUAGCCAAGAGCUGUUUCAAUCAGAAUUUUUUUGUGAUGCAGGCGGGAUGUAUAGUUAAAACAGGAUGUCAAGUUCAGUAUGUGUUCAAAAACUCUCAUGAAAGUUACCAGGAAGGCAAAACUAGCAGAAAAAGAAGAAGGUGGCUUGUUUAUUUAAACGAGAUUGACUAUGUGGCCGCUGAUUUUGUAAUUCUAUCAGCUGGUGUGUUUGGCACGACUGAGAUACUUUUUCAGUCACAAAUGAGAGGAUUAGAACUGUCAGACACUCUAGGUUCUGGAUUCAGCUGUAAUGGUAAUACUGUUGCUUUUCUUGCUGGAAGCCCUGCUCCACUUACUGCUUAUGGAUUAGACAGAAAGCAAAUCCUUGAAAGACCCUUUCAAAAGCGGCCUGGGCCAGCCAUCUCUUCAUCUCACACUUCUUCAUUGGGUUUCACAAUCCAGAGUGCUGUACUUCCAACUGCUUAUCCCUACCUCGUGUUCAAAGGGAUAGUAUCUUAUGGAUGGCCAACUGGUUACUGGUUUUUUCAUGGGAUUAUAGAUAAGUUGAAACAUGUCAUGGGUUUCCAAGCAAGCCAAGCAGUGGCGCUUAAUGCAAUGGGAUAUGAUGAGAGUGAUGGGAAAAUCAUUUUUGACAAGGUCACUAAUAAAAUUUGUUUCAGUCCACCCUGUGAUCCUUUACUCCCACGAAAAGUUAAGGCCUUUCAAAAGCUUGCCAAGAAAUUAGGGGGAAUCCUAUUCUUGUCAAGGUACCGAAGCACUUCGGUUCAUCUUUUAGGUGGUUGCAAUGCAGCUUCAGAUCCUUCACACGGUGUCUGCAACUCCAAUGGUCAGGUGUUUGACACAAAGGCGUUUACAACUGUGCAUCCAGGCCUCUAUGUUUGUGAUGCUUCUUUAAUUCCAUGUUCUGUAGGCAUAAAUCCAUCUCUUACGAUUGCGACAGCAGCUGAGCAUGUAAGUAAGUACCUUGUGAAGGAUGUUCUGGAGUACAAGAGCAAAAGAGGCAUAGACCUUGCAGUUAAAAAUGUUGGCCAAUAUCCAAUUUUGGCUGUUGGUAGAAAAUCAAGGAGCACUGAUAGAUCAAUUGUUGCAAUCAAAGAGACCAUGAAAGGGUACAUUGGAGGUAUGCCAUGCAUUGCUUAUCUCAAAAUGAAAAUGAACUCCAAUAAUUCAGUUCAUGAAGAAUCUCAUCCACUUUUAAGAGGAAAAGUUGGAGGUUAUAUUGUUUUUGAAGCCAUUGAGAAGGAUCAUUUAUAUGUUAUUGACGGAGAAGUAGAUCUGUGCAAAGUAGAUUACAGAACUCCUUACACACAGUACAUGCAUUACCGUCUUCUUCUCGCUUCCUCUUCUGGUUCAAGAUAUGUUCUUGAGGGACAGAAGAUAAUGAACCCCUUUCUAUUAGCACUGUAUGCUUGGAGGGAGGCAACUACAUUGCAUGUGACAUUUAAAAAUAUUUCAGGAAAAAGUUCGAGGCCAGAAACGAUAAAUAUAACAGGAGAGCUUCGAAUUUCCCUAAUAGAGCUACUAAAGAGUCUCAUGAGUCUUGAAGGAAACAGGAGGAGAAGGUUCAUAGCCCUUUUUGUACAGGCUCUCCUGAGAACAUAUAUAUUACAAAUACCAAGAGGGAACCACAAAGCCUGUAUCCUUUUAGAUUCUUACAAUAAACCUUAUCCAAACACCACUAUUUAUGAAAUUGAAACAGCAAGUUAUCUAUGUUUGGCUACUGUGGAUAAUGCAGAAGAUGGAUAUAUUAUCAGUUGCAAGCAAUGGACAUGCAGUCAAACUUCAUGUCAGCUUAAAAUAGAGGAACAACAAAAUCCUGUUCUCCUUCUUAAUGGAUAUUCUACAGAAAGUUACUCACUCCCAUCAGAACCAAACGAUUUGGUGAGAACUUUACUGGAAGAAGGGCAUGAGAUAUGGCUACUGCAAUCAAGAUUGCACCCUUUACAUCCUGCAAACAACUUCACCAUUGAAGAUAUUGCAAGAUUUGAUAUUCCUGCUGCAAUUGCUAAGAUCCUUGAAUUGCAUGGGAAGAGCACAAAAGUUCAUGUUGUGGCACACUGUGUUGGAGGCUUAGCUGUUCACAUGGCCCUCUUGGGAGGAUAUGUCUCGUCAACCCACAUAGCUUCUCUGUCUUGCACAAACUCUUCAAUGUUCUUCAAGCUCAAUGCAUUGGCUACAUUCAAAAUGUGGCUUCCCCUGAUCCCUGUAUCAAUGGCCAUAUUAGGCGAGGACAAAACUUUGGCUCUAUUGGAAACAUCAAAAACCAGUUUUCGACACCAGCUCCUGAAAUGCAUAGCCUGUUUCAUUCCACGGUAUGAGAGAUGCAGAGACAAAGAAUGUGAGGUUUUUUCAGGCAUAUUUGGUAACACAUUCUGGCAUCGAAAUGUAAGCCCUUCCAUGCACCAUUGGUUAAACAGGCAAAGCACAACAAGGGUUCCCAUGGCAGCAUUUUCCCACCUCAGAAAAAUUUGCAACUCAGGAUUUAUAGUGAAUAGCCAUGGAAAAAACUCAUAUUUGAUUCAUCCAGAGAGAAUGGCAGUCUCAACAUUGUACAUUUCCGGUGGAAGGAGUCUGCUUGUGACUCCAGAAACUUCAUUUCUCGCUAACAAGUACAUGAAGCUACACCAACCAAGUUUAAGACAUGAAAGGAUCGUUGUGGAGGGCUUUGGACAUUCAGACUUAUUGAUUGGUGAGGAGUCUUAUAAGAAGGUUUUUCCUCACAUUUUGCGUCAUAUAAGAUUGGCUGAACAAGGAGGAAAUCCUGUCAUAAGUUCAGGAAAAAUAUGCUGUGGGGAGGCUUUAGAUUGGGAGGAUGAUCCCUAUAGUAGAUAUGGUGGAUUCGGAAGUUGGUUUUCUCCUUCUAUUAUUACUUUCCUCUUGUUGCUUUGGCUUGCCAUUUUGAUUUCAGUAUUCAUAUAA